GAUGUCAACUUCAUUUUCUUGGAGCUUGAGCUUUCUCUCUCCAAAUAUUCUAUCAACUUUUUUUCCUUAUAAAAAACCCUCAAAAAGAUCAAAUCUUUAAUGUUUUUUUUUUAAAAUUGUAGCUUCUCUUUCUUUGAAUUGUAGGCUUUAGCCAUAACAAAGCUCUUUCCUUUUAUUUGGUAACCGUUGCUUUGCGCGUUAAAACAGUGAAAAGAAAGAGUUUCUAGAGAGAGGGAGAGAUGAGAUAGAGAGAGAAAGAAACGUCAUUGCUUCCCACGUUUUCCAUGCCUCAAUUCUCAUUUUUCGCAUGCGUGCAAGCUAUUGCCAAAUCUCUUUAAAAGCUCUAUUUUUUUUUUUGUUCUAAUCUCUUGGUUCUUAACGGUUUGAAGUCUCGUUUAAGCUUCUUCAUCUUUCAUUCACCUCCACUUAUUUUUUCUCUUAUAUCCAUCGUUAAUUGCUUUUUUGUUGCAUGCUUUCUUUUUUUUUAAGAUAAUCCAUCAACUUUCCUGGCUCAUUUUCUUUCCCGUAAUAUUUCUCUUCUGAUAAUAUUCAAAACCCUUCAUUUUCUUGUUUUCUGUUUGGGUUUUAUAGAUUCUCUUUCCGGUAAAAAUUAGAAGUGUUCAUAAUCCUAAUGAUUUUUUCUUGGGGGGGCGGUCUAGUUUGGUAAAGUAGAGGCCUUUGUCAUAGAAAAAGAUUGAAACUUUCUGGACCAUAUUUCAAGCUCAGGGAUUGGAAAAGAGCUAUGGGAAAUCAUACGAGCAAGAAGGCAACUGAAACAUCAUCAGCUAUCAAUCUUGGCGGCAAUCUGCAGUACACAACUGAAUUGAGUUCCUAUGAAGCUGCUUGCAAGCUAGACAGAGACUUGCAAACCUUUGACACUAAUGUCCAAGCUCGAACCAAUCAAGUCAUCAACACUCUGGCAGUUGGUGUUGAAGUCCGAGCACUUUCAUUUGAUUCACUAAAAGAGGUAACGGAAUGUCUUUUGGAGAUGAAUCAAGAGGUCGUUAAAGUUAUCUUAGAAUGCAAGAAAGAUAUAUGGAAGAAUCAAGAAUUGUUUGAGCUGGUCGAAGAGUACUUUGAGAAUAGUUUGCAAACUCUUGAUUUUUGUUCUGCAUUAGAGAAGUGUCUAAAGCGUGCUCGUGAUAGCCAAUUGCUUAUCCUUGUUGCAUUACAACAAUUCGAAGAAGAAAGUGAGGUUGGUGGGAAUCGGUUUGUGAGGACAUUGGAAGAAUUGAAGAAUUUCAAGGCAGCUGGUGAUCCUUUCACUGAGGAUUUCUUUCAAAUCUUUCAAUCUGUUUAUAGACAGCAAACAGCAAUGCUCGAGAAAUUGCAACUUCGAAAGAACAAGCUUGACAAGAAGCUCAAAUACAUUCAUGCUUGGCGUAAGGUAUCAAGUAUGAUAUUUGUUGCCACAUUUGCUGCUGUGUUGAUUUGUUCAGUUGUGGCAGCAGCUAUGGCUGCUCCUCCAGUAGCUGCAGCUCUUGCUGCAGCAACUUCUAUCCCGUUGGGUUCAAUGGGGAAGUGGAUUGAUUCUCUCUGGAAAAACUAUGAAAAUUCAUUGAAAGGACAGAAGGAAGUGAUUAGCUCCAUGCAAGCAGGAACUUAUGUGGCUAUUAAAGACUUGGAUAACAUCCGGAUUCUCAUUGAUCGAUUGGAGAUUGAAAUUGAAGCCCUCUUGCAGAAUGCAGAUUUUGCAAUAGACGAAGAAGCUGUGAAAAUUGUGAUAAAUGAAAUAAAAAAGAAGCUGGGAGUGUUUAUGAAGAAUGUGGAGGAUUUGGGGCAACAAGCUGAUAUUUGCAGCAGGGAUAUCAGGAGAGCAAGGACCGUGGUUCUGCAAAGGAUCAUAAAACAUCCCAACAACUGAAAUAUUGAGCUGGUCACUGUUGAUAAGUCCUAGAAAUUUGCCUUCUUCAUUUCCAUGUUAACUAAAUUGAUUGAUUUCCAACAUUCUGUUUUAGACACUACAUGUUUGUUCAGAUUAAUGUUCUAAGAAAAUAAUUGAAGACUAGUAUUAACUUCAUUCGUUUUAUAUAUGUUUAGGUCACAGAUAUUGUUGAUUUCCAUUUUGGAAAUGUUCUUUUAUUCUAUGUAAUUAUUUCUAUGUAAUUAUUCUAUGUAAUAUGACUAGAAAAGCUGCCUACCUGACCUGAAAAUCUCCCUUGCGAGCA